AUGGCUAAAAGCACUGAGCCAGCCUACGUUCCUGAGUUUGAAACGCUACAGGUCCACGCAGGACAGGAACCCGACUCAUCAUUCCUCGCCAGAGGUGUACCAAUAUAUCAAACCUAUGUUUUUAACUUUCGCAGCUCUGCCCACGCGGCGAGGCUCUUCAACCUUGAGGAAGAGGGCGAAAUCGCCACUCGCACGGGGAAUCCUACAACCGCAGUUGUCGAGCGUCGCAUUGCAGCUCUCGAGGGUGGUGUGGCAUCUGUUGCCGUGUCAUCUGGUCAAGCUGCUGUUUUCAUGACUAUGGUUGCUCUUGCUGGACAUGGGGACAACAUCGUUGCAACCAAGCACUACUACCACGGGGCAUACAACCAGUUCUCCUUCCUUCUUCCUGAAUUUGGUGUGGAGACACGGGUUGUUGAAGAAACACCAGAAGCCAUAAGAGAAGCUAUCGAUGGUCGCACUAAAGCUGUCUAUAUUGAGACAGUGGGACACCCUAACUUCAAUGUUCCUGAUAUUGAGGCCAUUGCCCAAGUUGCUCAUCAAGGUGGCGUCCCUCUUGUUGUGGAGAACACUGUAGGGUGUGCGUAUUUCUGUACGCCCAUUAAAUAUGGCGCCGACAUUGUCGUGGAGAGUAUGAGCAAAUGGAUUGGUGGUCAUGGCAGCGCCACUGGAGGUAUCAUCGUCGACUCCGGCAACUUUCCAUGGAAGGACUCGCCCCGUUUUGUACAAUUCAACAAACCUUGCCCCGGCUUCCAUGGGCUCAACUUUAGCGAGAGGUUUGGAAAACAAGCUUUCAUCAUGCGCAUCAGAGGCCAGCUACUACGCGAUGUUGGUUCAUGUUUAUCUCCUUUCAACAGCCAACAGUUCAUUAUCGGAAUAGAGACCCUGAGCCUACGUUGCGAAAGACAUGCGCAGAACACUAUAGCCCUAGCCAGGUGGCUUGAGAAACAUGAGACUGUCGAAUGGGUCUCAUAUCCAGGUCUACAGAGCCACCCUCAUUACAAACUUGCGCAGAAAUAUAUGCCUAGAGGUGCCGGAGCGGUCCUUAUGUUCGGUGUUAAAGGAGGGGCAGAUGCAGGAGAGCAGCUGGUUGAUAACUUCAAGUUGAUUUCUAAUAAUCCGGGAUACGGUGAUGCCAAGACAACGGCAAUGCAUCCUUGGUCUACCACCCACAAGCCCAUGUUGCCGCACGAAAAGAUUGAUCUAGGCGUUACUCCUGGGAUGGUAAGAGUUUCGGUUGGCAUUGAGCAUAUCAAAGACAUCUUGUACGAUAUUGAACAGAGUAUGCGAGCAAGCCCGGCAGUUCCAACGGGCGGAGAAUAA